AGGUGCUGCUUUUUUGCCCCCUCACCAGGACGAGCUCUCUGGCUGACACUGAUGCAAAGCAGGGGAGAACAAUAGGCGUGGGGAGGGAGCAAGAAAAAAAUAAAACAACCACCACCAACACAUCUGAUAACAAGAAGAUACCGAGAAGCAGCAUGGAGCAACCUGUGGAAACUCCUCAGCCAGCGCCCCGGCGAAUCUCCCAGGAGAGGCAGAGGAUCACGGGUCUGCCGCUGUACUUCCAAGGUUACCUGUCAGUCCGGCACGUGAAAUCCCAGGAAUUUAGAGUGUAUUGGACAGAACUGAGAGGAACUGUGCUCUUCUUUUAUGAUGAUAAGAAAGCACCAACAUACUCACAGAAACUAGAUAUAUCAGCAACCAAUAUUUAUCCAAAUGAAAAUGACUCUUCACAGUUCAUCUUGACAUUGUCAAAUGAGGAACUAGAAGUGAAGGCUGGUAACUGUGAAUAUGGAAAAGAAUGGAAGGGUUUUAUUCUCACCGUAGCAAAGUUGUCAGUUCCACCAGAUGAGUUGUUACUACCAGAACAACUUAAGAGAAUGCAGGAAGUGCUAGAGAAAGAAAAGAAAAGAAGGAUCAUGCUUGAUGACUGUUCCACUGCAUCCCUGAAUAAUGAAAGCCUUCCCAGCAAGGACGACAGCAGUACAGUGACUGCUAUGCCAGCCUGCUUCUAUGCAGUAUCUCGGAAAGAAGCGAUAGAGAUGUUGGAAAAGAAUCCUUCGUGUGGGAAUUUGAUCCUGCGUCCUGGCAGCGACAGCAAGAACUAUUCAAUCACUGUCCGACAUGGGCUGAAUGUCCCGUGCAUAAAACACUACAGAGUGAUGUAUAAAGGAACAAGUUACAUUAUUGAAUUGGAAAGAAAGGUGACACUUGCAAGUCUUCAGGAUGUCAUCAAUUACUUUGUGACCCAAACCCAUGGAAACUUGAAACCAUUUGUCAUGGAGACAUGCCACAAUGCUCUGCAGAUGGCCCACAGUUCUGAAAGCAAAACACAGAAAAGUCCUGCUGAAGGACAGAGGCACAAGGAGGAGCUUACAGGAACUCCACUAUUACAGCUAAGCUGAAAG